AUGAACCAAGUUUCGCCUCUUCCACCAGUGUUAGAACGUGCUGGAUAUUUCUUAAACCCGCUUGCCAGCGACAUUACGCUGAUCUGCGAGGGCAGCCCUUUCCAGCCCACCCUUUUGAACGCAAUUGAAAAAGACCUCCUCCGCGACGACACUGGGACAUCGCACACUGCGAUCACUAACAUGGCCCACCCAGCGACCCAGGAGGCCGUGACCAUCCGCUACGCCGUGUGCUUCCAUGCUAAGGUCUUCGCACAGGCGGAGUACUUUGGCAUUGAGAGCCUCCAAGGCCUUGCGGCAGACCGCUUCUCGACCACGCUGCGGUCACUGCGCCGCGACGAGAACGGGUUCGCGGCCGCGAUGGCAGAACUCUAUGACAGGCGCAGCUGGGACUACCUACGUCUGCGGCGGCGCGUCAUCCCCGAGAUCCUCAACAAUCAGGCUAUCUAUCGCUCGGGACCCGGCUGCUACGGCAAGAGCCUUAGCUCAUGGCUCCUGGAACAUGUGCCGGGGUUGGGGCGUGACUUGGCGUUUACGGCCAUGGAUGAGAUGAGUCGGCUGCGUCUUCAGUUGGCUGCAGCCGAACAGGCGCUGAAGACUUUUCACAAUGGCGAAGAGGCACGGGCCAUUGAUACUGUCCCGGAGAAGGUUGAGAGUCCUGCUUCUCCGGGCCUGUAA